CAUGGUUUAUGAUGGGUGGUCAUGGUGGCUGUGGAGUAGUAACAUUGAAGCUAACCUAAGAUGGACAGUGAUUGCACUUUCCAUUGCUUCCAUUAUAUUCAUUUGGCACGAAUGGGUUUCAAAGAAAUGGAAGAAACAAGAGAUGCCAUUGCCACCAGGGCCUGGAGGCUUGCCAUUUCUUGGGAACCUUCUAAUCCUUGAACCCGAUCUCCACCUUUGCUUUGCAAAAUUAGCUAAAAUCUAUGGUCCCAUCAUGAAACUCAAAUUGGGUUCCAAGCUAUGUGUUGUAUUGAGUUCACCUUUGUUGGCAAAAGAAGUACUCAGAGAUCAAGAUGCAGUGUUUGCCAAUCGCAGUCCACCCAUUGCAGGGAAGACUGUGACUUAUGGUGGAAUUGAUGUUAUUUGGAGUCCUAAUGGGCCAAGUUGGCGCACAAUGCGAAAGGUGUUUGGUCAGAAAUUGAUGAGCAACAAGAGCCUUGAUGCUUGCUAUGGUCUUCGCCAACAAGAAGUUCACCAAAUGAUAAAAGAUGUAUAUUCUAAGAUUGGAACCCCAAUUAACAUUGGUGAGAUGAUGUUUCUAACUAUGCUUAAUUUGUUUAUGACAAUGUUGUGGGGUGGCACACUACAAGGGGAGGAAAAGGCUAGCCUUGGGGUUGAAAUCCGGAAAGUUGUAUCAGAAAUGGUGGAUUUGUCAUUGAAAACAAACAUUUCAGAUAUCUUUCCUGUUCUUGCCUGGCUUGACAUACAGGGGAUUGAGCGAAGGGGAAAGAAGUUAUUGGCAUGGAUGGAUCGUAUAAUUGAUUCAGUUAUAAGUCAAAGACUGAAAAUGGAUGGAGAGGAAAGAAAAGUAGGAAAGGAGGAGGAAAAGAAGGAUUUCUUACAAUUUCUCUUGGAGCUUCAGAAAGAUGGAGAUGCUACAACAUCAUUAACCAUGAUACAACUUAAAGCUUUGCUCCUGGAUAUUAUAGGAGGUGGGACCGACACAACAUCGAGCACGGUAGAAUGGGCAAUGGCAGAAUUGAUGCAACAUCCAGAGAUAAUGAGAAAAUCCCAAAAAGAAAUAGAGGAAGUAGUUGGAAUGGAUAAUCUGGUGGAAGAGUCUCACUUGUCAAGAUUAUCCUAUUUGAAUGCAUUAGUGAAAGAAACUCUCAGGUUGCAUCCAGUGAUCCCAUUCUUGGUCCCACAUUGUCCAAAUGUAUCAUCCACAGUGGGUGGUUAUACCAUACCAAGUGGAACUUCUGUCUUUAUAAAUGUUUGGACACUCCAUAGGGACCCUGAAUCAUGGGAGAGGCCUUUAGAAUUUCUACCUGAGAGAUUCUUGAGUAAUGUAACUGAAAAGUAUGAUUAUAGGGGAAACAAUUUCACUUACAUUCCUUUUGGAUCUGGAAGAAGGAUAUGUGCAGGGAUUCCAUUAGCAGAAAAGAUGACAAUGUAUGUGUUAGCUUCACUCUUGCAUUCAUUUGAGUGGAAAGUUCCAAAUGGGAUAGAGCUAGAUCUUUCAGAGAAAUUUGGAAUUGUGUUGAAGAAGAAAACACCACUUGUUAUCACUCCUGUUCCAAGAUUAUCCAAUGUUAAGCUCUACAUUUAGGCAUUUAGCAAAGAAAUAAGAAUUUGGUAUCACCUCUAUUAUCU